AUAUCAUGGCUCUGCAACUGCAACAACUGCAAUACAGAGACGAAGCCAUGAAUCUGCUUAAAAUCCAACACCACCCUCUCUUUUUGCAUAUCUCCCGGACUGCCCUUCCCCGCCCCUCCCUUUCUCCACCUAUCCUCCACCACAUUGAACCCAAAAUUCGCUUUAAAAUCACUUCGACCCCCCUCUGUAAAUUCCAAUGCUUCAAGGUCUCAAGCAUUUCCAAGUUUGAAGCCUCGGUUUAUAACAAUGAAGAAGAAGAAGACGAAGAAGAAGAAGAGGAGGGAGCAGCCGAUGCUUCUGUGGAGUUUGAGGACCUGGCUCCGAACGGUGUCGUUUACCAGAGUACCCUGAGGUUGGUGGAGUGCGCCAUGUUCGCCGCUGUCACCGGUCUAGUAUAUUUCUUGAGCAAUUCUCUGGCAAUUGAGAACUACUUUGGAUGUUUCUUUGCCUUGCCAACAGUGAUUUCCUCUAUGAGAUGGGGUGUUGCCGCUGGGAGGAAACAAAUGGUUGCCACGGUUAUGCUGUUGUUUGUCUUGGCUGGUCCUGUCAAAGCCUUAAAUUUUCUGUUUAUGCAUGGAAUCCUUGGUUUGACGAUGGGUACUUUGUGGAGGUAUGGCAUGUGUAACUUGAAAUUUUCAAUUUGUUUGGAAAUAUAUAUGCAUUAUUAAUUAUCCCUGUAGAAAUUGCAGAAUGUGGCAUACAUUGAAGAAUUCUACUUUUCCUCUUCAUCCUUUAAUGUUUUCUCAUUCUUAAUAGUUCAUAAGAUCCUUUUUCACAUAUGAAUACGUGCCUGGUGCCACGAUCUAGAUAAGUUUUUAACUGACAAAAGUUAUUCUUGCUGUCGUCAACCCCUCUUAUGUUAAUAUUCAAGAACAAUGAAGGUUGAUAUAUCUUCUCACUAUUGUCUUCCUGGUUUUUGUUUUCUCAGGUUGGGAACUAAUUGGGGCCUUUCAAUUUUCUUAUGCACAAUUGUAGUGUCUGUUCCCUUUUGUGCUGGAUUCUUUUCUUUUAUAAGAAGCAGUAGCCUUCUCUUUUGCUUACAUUUUCAAAAUCUAAAUUGCAGGCUCGAUCAAUUGGUGCUGUGGGCUAUGUUUUGACAACCUCCUUCUUGAUAAGAGAAAACAUACUGGCUCUGAUCACCAUAAACAUCCAUGCAUCUUUGACAUUCAUUUUUGCUGCCAUGGGCAUUAAUUCCGCUCCCUCAAUGAACUUCAUUUAUGUCCUGUUUGGGAUUUUGGUAUUGCUGAACAGCGGAUCAUUUGUGUUCUUGUUACAUCUCUUGUACUCAGUGUUCCUUACAAGGCUUGGAAUGAAGGCUUCAUUGAGAUUGCCACGAUGGUUGGAGAAGGCCAUAUAAUGUCAUCUUAGUUGUCUCAUGUCCGUGAUUUGUAAUCCGUACACAACCACACCACUAAAGGUAGCUUGAAAUCCAGCAGCUAUUUUUGGGGAAGUAGAGUAGAUAGAGAUCUAUAUUACAGUCACCAUGAUUCUAAGCAAUUCAAUAGGCCUCGAGAGGGUCGGAUCACCAUCACAUGACGCAUCCAAGUACACAAGGCCGUUUGUAUUUUUGUUUACAACUUUGAGAUUUCGUAACUUGCAAAGCCAAAGAAUGUAUUUAUAUAUUUAAUAGA